UCUCGUGCUCGAGCUCCCGCUGCACUGGACUGCACCGCAUGCUUCCGCGUCUGCCGUGUUGCUGGCUGGCCUUGUCCGACCGCGGCCUCGUUCGUAGCAGGAAUUGGCGGUUCCGGGAGAUUAGAGGGAGGAGGGGAUUGAAACCGAAUGGCAGGACGAGGCGGAGGGUUGUCUUGUAAUAGUGGAGACGAGUAGAAGUGGUUCGGAUGUGGAGUGGGGACGACGACCAGGAGGUUGGGGGUAAGAUCAAGGAUGAUGGAGAUGGGGACGCCAAACUACUGGGAUGCCGCGGAUCCGUUGAUGGUGGAGGCCUUUAUUGGAGGCUAUGAGAUUCCGGGUUAUGAGACACAGGAUGAUCUGGCUAGCACCUUGGGGCAGGAUUUAGAGCAGAAUGAUUCUGUGCUGCAGCGUAGGUUGCACAGACUCGUGGAAGAGUCGUCGGAGGAUUGGACCUAUGGCAUCUUCUGGCAGCUCUCUCUUUCGCCUUCCGGAGAGUCAAUGUUGGGGUGGGGGGAUGGGUAUUACAAGGGACCGAAAGAUAGUGACCAAUUUGAGCCAAGGAAAACACAAACCGAGGAGCAUCAGCUACAGAGAAAGAAAGUACUACGAGAGCUUCAGGCUCUUGUUUCCUGUCCAGAUGAUGAUGGCACUGAAGACGUCUCAGAUACGGAGUGGUUUUACCUUGUUUCUAUGUGUCACUCAUUUGCAAAAGGGGUCGGUACCCCUGGUCAGGCAUUGGCGUUUGGAGAAUAUGUAUGGCUGGAGGAGGCAGAUAAGGCUUCUUAUAAAAUCUGCACACGAGCCAAUUUAGCGAAGAUGGCAGGAAUUCAGACUAUUUUAUGUGUGCCAAUCAUGAAUGGGGUGGUUGAGCUUGGUUCAACUGAUGCAAUUCACGAGCGCUUGGAUGUUGUUGAGUAUGUUAAGAUGGUGUUCCAAGAGCCAACGUGGGGGUUGACUAAUAUGUCCCCAAUUAUUUCCCAAUCUCAAGUUGGAAAAUUUGAUACAACAUUUAUGCCUCAUUAUCCGAGUAUACCUUUUGAUUCGACGAGUGUCUCAGGUGUAUCCUCCAUGACACUGAACACUGAUCCAGGUCUAGCAGACAGCGAAAGCAUGGAUUUUGGGACAAGACACAGCCAUAUGGGCAAGAUGGUAUCCCAUUCAGGUGCCUUUGGUUUCAACGGAUAUGACCAUGUAUGGGGACAAACUAAUGAGUUCCACUAUAAUGAUCCACUUCCAGAUGACAACGUCGAGAGAGAUUUAGGACAACCUAUGUGUAAUAUUUUAGGUAGCUUACCUCUACAAGACGAGAAGCUCCCCUUAGCAUCCAGUCCACCUCCUAAAACCCUAGACUCAGAUUCGAGGUAUUCAAUUUUUCAGCAGAACAAUGUAAAGAAGCCUCCCCAACUAGAUCAUACGCAGACAUCUUUGCCUGUAACGGAAAGGUUACAUCCUAAGCCACACACAUCACAGGCCUUUCUGCAUCAUAAUGGUUCCUUCGACGUGGGUGAAAUGUUUAACCCCCCAGGGCAUACACAGACUGUGCGAUCAAAUCCACCCAGCCUAGACGAGCAGUUGCAUUCUCCUUCAAUGCCUGCAGUCGAAAAGCUUCCAAUUGUUGAGAAACCCACGUCUAUUUACAAACCUGAAAGUGUUGAGAAGCCUAUGCCUGUUUUCAAGCCACUUCCACAACCACCAUCUCCUCCCGCUUCAAAGCCAGCAGUACCUGUCCCUGCAAAUGGUUUACUGCUUGCCGGCCACCUGGACCAGGAGUGUGUUGAUACAGAACUGAUUACAAUGAAAAAUAAUGUGGUCGAGGCUCCAAAAGUGCCUCGUAAACGGGGUCGGAAGCCCGCCAAUGACCGGGAAGAGCCCCUGAACCAUGUACAAGCUGAGCGGCAGCGGCGAGAGAAACUUAAUAAACGAUUUUAUGCUCUUCGGGCUGUUGUGCCAAAUGUCUCAAAGAUGGACAAAGCUUCACUGUUAGGCGAUGCAAUUGCGCACAUUAACCACCUGCAAGAGAAACUUCAGGAUGCAGAAAUGCGCAUAAAGGAUCUUCAGAGAGUUGCAAGUUCUAAGCACGAGCAAGACCAAGAGGUGCUUGCAAUUGGUACGCUCAAGGAUGCUAUCCAACUGAAGCCUGAAGGGAAUGGGACUAGCCCUGUGUUUGGCACAUUUUCUGGUGGUAAGAGGUUUAGUAUUGCCGUAGAUAUCGUUGGAGAGGAGGCUAUGAUACGAAUCAGCUGUCUGCGAGAAGCUUACUCUGUUGUCAAUAUGAUGAUGACUCUACAAGAAUUACGACUCGACAUACAACAUUCUAAUACAUCCACCACAAGUGAUGAUAUCCUGCAUAUUGUUAUAGCCAAGAUGAAACCAACCUUAAAGUUUACAGAGGAGCAGCUGAUUGCUUUACUCGAAAGAUCCUGUCAAAAUACCGGGUACUUGAGGAAGCGGGAAGGAAGUGAUAGACUUUUGCAAAGACCUGACAAUUCUCCCCAACUUCAAUAACCCUGUACCUUUGAUGUAUAAAAGGAUGUGUAUACUGACUGCCGCCAUUGCAAAUUGUGAUAUGUAGAUAUAGAAAAUUUAACCAAUUCUUAGGAGUAACCUGAUAAUGUUGCAGCUCUAAACUCACCUUGGUAGUAGAAGUUAUCUAGGGAAUGUAGAUGCGUCUUCGAUUGACGCAGGAGUUCCUCACUAAUUGACAGCAUAGGUAUACAAUGGAGUUGAAGAUGAGCAGCUCCGUUUUCUCUGUACAUUAUGGUGUUCGAUCUUGCUUGAUCAAUCAAUCUUUUGGUAUACGGCAAUCGAGUCCUUGCAAGCAUGAUCAAUGAAUACGAGAUGGUGAACUUCACAUA